GGCUACUCCUUGACGAUGGAAAAAUUAGCCAUGCAGUGGGCCGAUCAGUGUCGAUGGGAACAUCCCGAUCCUGAUUACUACCCGCAGUACAGAGGCAUCGGACAGAAUCUUGCACUGCAAAGUGGCCCUAAACAAUCAUUCACGAAGAUGGCUGAGUCUUGGUACAACGAGGUGGUAAACUACACCUAUUCUUCUAACGACUGCUCCUACGUUUGUGGACACUACACACAGAUGGUGUGGGCGUCGACGACGGUUCUGGGCUGUGCAAUGCAGCGAUGUGACAGCCUUGAGCCAGGAUGGACUCCACCCGUUUAUCUCAUGGUUUGUCAGUACGCUCCAGGAGGAAAUUACGUUGGGGAAAAGCCUUACACAUCAGGUCGUUCUUGCAGUGAAUGUCCUGCAGGAUAUUCGUGUAGUCAAAAUCAGUGUGUCAGACUACUCUAUAAGCCCAAAUGA